CCAGAAACGGGUAUUACAAAUGACCCGUAUAAAGCAUACCAUUCAGCUCUGAAGCGCCCAGUUCGACCAUGGUGCUGGUACGCGUAUGGAUCUGGGUGUCGAUCUGGCUGGUAGCGGCCGGAAAAAUCUACCGCCGGUGCGAUCUAGUUAAGGAGCUGAGGAACUUUGAUGUACCCGAAGAGGAAAUUGGCACAUGGGUGUGCAUUGCGCGCCACGAGUCCAACUACGACACUGGAGCGAUGAAUCCAGGCAGUGGCGAUCAUGGACUUUUGCAAAUUUCGCAACUCUAUUGGUGUUCGCCCCCAGGGGAUGGAUAUGGUUGCAACUCCCCCUGCGAAAAAUUCCGCGAUGACGACAUCGGGGACGACCUCCAAUGCGCGCGAAGAAUCUUCAGAGAACACAAACGCAUAUCGGGAAACGGGUUUAAUGCCUGGGUGGUCUAUCCGUUGUACUGCGCCCAGAACACCACCCAGUAUGUCCAGGACUGCCCGGAGGAACCCUCGGGACCGGCCAAGCCUGCUAAUGGCACCAAUAAUGAAAUAUCAGUGGAGGAAGAGGGCGAUGGGUACCACUUUCCGGCGUUGCCCAGCCUUGCAAAAGAUCCACCCCAGCAGUCUAGAGCGGAGAAGCAGUUGCCAUUUUCAAAAGUUUCCAUACAUUAUUCUGUCCCUGUGAACAAGGAGGCGUUUCCCCAGCUUCCUUUCAACAAACACUCCAUCCACCACUUCAUUCCGCUAAUGAGUGGUUCAGAGCAGGGCAGCCCCACUUCUGAGCCCAGCGAAUCGACCACCUUCAUGGAAGAAAAUGAGGACUCGUUAGUCACUACUAUGCGGUCUUUUCCGACUUCGCCAGAAAAUCGGCCCUCUGAACCUUUGCUGGCCAGCAGCUCCAUCCCUUUAGGCAGCAUAGCCAGAAGGGCCAAGACCCUGAUGGCCAAAAAUGAGAGUUCGCCUACAAAUCCGCGUCUGGCUUUUCGUUCAGCUGGGCAAACCACCGAAACUCCAGAAGGAAGGCAGGUCACCUUUGCACCGGGCUCUUUCUUCAGUUGGAUAUUCAACAGUCAAACCUUACCGCCCAUUCUGCCGCCCGCAAGGCCUCCACGACCUCAAGGAGGGCCCGGAGGAGGAAGACCUGGACAGGGUCCAGGUCCAGGCCCGAACAGACCUGAUGGGUUGCUGACGACGCGCCGGCCCCUUCCAAUGAGGCCUCCCCGUAGAAGGCCUGGAGGUAUCAAGCCUAGCUCAGCUUCAGCAGAUAGAGCUAGGAAGUUUGUGAAGCCUGCUGGCGCUGUGGAAGUGGGCCUGGACGACAAUUUCGUCUUUCUGCGAACCAUGUAUGGGUAUCGGCUGCUGAAGGUGCAAAGAUAGGGUCUUAUUGCAACCGCCCGACUCCAAGACUGAUUCUUCAUAUUGCUCAAUAGUAGUUUUUUUAAGUUGUAUAUUUUUAAGGCG